AUGGAAACCAAAGCCGAUGCAGACUCUUUCUGGACUUGGAAUGCCAACAACAACAACAACCAACAAAACCAAUUCUCGGUUACCAGGUUCCUAGGAAACAACAACAAAUCCCCCAAAUCUCAAACAUCUGUGUUGGGUCCUGGCUUCGGAGCUGGCGUCGGAUGCGGCGCCGGAAUAGGUUUGGGUUUGGUUGGUGGCUUAGGCUUUGGAGGCUGGCCCUUCAACCACCUCCACCUCGUUUUUGGCCUUGGAAUGGGUUGUGGAGUUGGUGUUGGCUUCGGCUUCGGUCAAGGCAUUGGAUACGAUUUUAAUUUCCGUACCCGUAAGUCUAGAAAGUCCAAGAAAAAAUUUUCAGAUCCCCACAAAACUAUUGUUGUUCAGAUUUAA